AAGAUUUACUUUCCAAAGACUUCCAUCAAACGUUUAGGAUUACAAUGCUAAGAAUCAGAGAAUUUAAACACGUGGUUAUUUCAUAAAACAGAGUCAUCAGGUGAGAUCAGAUAAUUAAGCCGGGCAUAUUAGCCACAAUUAACCGUAUUUUUCUGAAUAUUUUGACCAAAAGAAAAAAUAAAGUAAAAGAAAAAAAAAAGGAAAAAGAAACAGAACAGUGCAAUUCAAGAGCUGGUGUUCUUCACAGGAAAACAGUGUUAAAAAAAACUAACACUAAUAAAGUCAUGGAUAGGUAUCAGAAAGUGCAAAAGCCAAGAGCAGAGAAUCCUAUAAAGGAAAAUGAGAUAAGAAUAACAACACAAGGCAGAUUGAGGAACUACAUUACUUAUGCUACCAAUCUUCUGCAGGAGAAAGGAUCUAAAGAAAUUGCUCUCAAGUCUAUGGGCAGGGCCAUUAGUAAAACAGUAAUGAUAGCCGAACUGAUAAAGAGAAAGAUCGUUGGCCUUCAUCAAAUCACAUCGAUUGGUUCAACUGAUAUCACUGAUACGUGGGAACCUCUAGAAGAAGGACUUCUUCCGCUCGAGACUACUCGUCAUGUAUCAAUCAUCACAAUCAUCCUUUCCAAGAAAGAGUUAGAUACUUUAUCAGCCGGAAAAAUAAAUAUUUGCAGGUACCAACCACCUAUUCCAGCAGAUCAAGUCAGACCACAAACUGAAUAUGAUUAUGCAGGAGGGCGUUUUAACAAUGGUGAGCCUGGAUAUGGUGGAGACGGCGGAUGGAAAGGAGGGCGUGGAUAUAAUGGUAGAGGCCGAACUGGAGGAAGAGGUCGUGGUUAUCGUGGACGUGGUAACAACUAUGGUGGACAAGUUGGUUCAAUGCCCAUUCAAGGCCAGGGUCGGGGCCAAGGACAAGGACAAGUACAGGGACGGGGUAGAGGUCGGGGUCAGGGUAUGAAAGCAAAUGGUCCUGUCCGGGCAUCAGUUGCUUAUGUCUGAAUGUUAGGACAAGUCACUUGCUAUUAUUACGAGGUGUCCACGCUUGUGUUCAUCAAAUUCUAAUAGAAACUCAACCCUAAUACACUUAUCAUUUUUUCAAGUUCUUUUAGUGCACAUCUGAAUUAUCUUUAAUGAAAUUGAUAUGUUUCCUGAAUUAUGGUUAAGCUAUAGUAUAAAUUUCUUGGUAUUGGCAAA